AUGGGCCCCGACGUGCCUUUGCUGGAUUACCACAAACGAGACUUCCUCUUGAGGCGGCUCGCGCAGACUGUUUUGGGCGGCCCUCGAUUGAAGUUGGGGCAGAGCGCACCUCCUUACGUCUACGUCAACCAGGUCAUUCUGUUCCUGAUGCCAUGGGUGCUGGGGGGAGUGGGCACUCUUCUGUAUCAGUUCGUCGUCCUGCAAGACUACUGGGCCGCCGCGCUUUCUGGGGCGCUCAUGCUAGCUGCCGCCGCUGUCUUCCAGGCGACGGCUUUAGGCGUGAGACAGAGGAGGGCGUCAGCGCAAAGAGUACCGAUGCACAAUAACCUGAUGGAUGAAGACGUGUGGGAGUUUUCCAGCUGUGCGGGUUCAGAAACGGUGAAGUUCCUUAUUCCCGGCAAGAAAUAUGUCGCCAACGCCGUCGGUCACUCGAUUCUCGCCGGGGGGCUGUGUGGCUUGGGGACUUGGUACUUGCUACCAAACAGGCUCACUUUGCUGUAUGGCGGUGAUGUUGGUGCUUCCAUUACGGUCUUUGUGUUUGGAUGGCUGACCCUUUGCGUAGGGGAAUACUCCUUGAUCAUCUGCACUCCUGCGGAGACGGCUGCUUUCCGAGUACUGGACCCUUACGAAAUUACGGCUCUGAUGAGACCUUUCUACAUUUUGGUCUUUGUUGCGGUGGAUCUCGCUGACAGGUUUACGGCUGGCCUACCCGAGUUAAAGCUGGCAAACCAGAUUUUGCACAUUGUGUUUUUGGUUUUGCCUCUCCUAUGGACACUGGGGGUUCUGCCACCUCUGGACGCGUUUUUUCUCUGGGGAAUGGAGCAGAUGUUGGAGAUUGGUCUCGGAGGUUCACCCAUGUCCAGUGACAUAAGGCUGCUAGGAAUGGUUCUCCUUUCUGUGGGAACAGCCGUUGCGUCCUAUUUCAUCCCCAGCUCUGUCGGGGUCGUCAUUUUCAUGACUGGAUUUGGAUUUGCGCUGAGUCUGAACCUCAGUAAGAUUGGGUUUGCCCUCAAGGAUGUCACGGCCAGCUGUGUAGCUGUUAAGAAAUUUAAGGACGUGACUGCUUGUUGUCGGACACAGUCUCGAUGGAAGGAAAUACUUUUUUAUUUGACCGUCUUCACUUUGGCUCUCCUAGAAGCUGGCCUGUUGCACCAUGAGCUCGGCGCUCAGGCAUUCUCUAAAACCAGCCCCCAGGCGGUUGUGAGCUACGUCUUGAUGGCCCUGCUCCUGGCCAUGUGGGUUCUCCGAGAGAUUCAGACAGUGUAUGUGUUUGGAAUCUUCCGGAACCCGUUUUGCCCAAAGGAUGUCACCGUCGUGAACGGGCUUGUGGAGAAGCAAAAAGGGCUUUCAAGAGUCGGUGCUUUCAGAAGGAUUUUAACAACUGUAGUGUCACCAUUUGCUAUGAUAGCGUUUCUUUCCCUGGACAAUUCUCUGCAUCACAUCCCGUCUGUGUCUGUUUCCAUUGGAUUCACAAGAAGCUUUAGAAUGGUAUGGCAAAAUACGGAGUGUGCCCUCUUGGAUGUGGUGUUGGUGUCCGCAAUACAGCUGCUGAUGUUCAAUACUGACCUUUGGUGGAACAGAAGCCUCAAUACGGGAACCAGACUCUUACUGGUUGGGUUCAUCCGGAACCGACUGUUUCAGUUUCUCUCAAAAUUGCAGUUUGUGGUCACUGUCCUCUGGACAUCGUGGACAGAGAAAAAACAGCGUCGGACUUCCUCUGCGACCCUGAUAACGCUCAACAUACUCUUCUUCCCUGUUCUCUUGACCCUCAUCGCCCUCUCUGCGUUGCUGGCUUCCCCCGUGCUGCCCCUUUUCAGCCUCCCCAUAUUUCUGAUCAGCUUUCCUAGGCCUGUCCGGAGUUGGCCAGGACGGGUGGGUGAGACGGCCUACAUGUGUCAUGACACCGUCUAUUAUCAGCAAAUGGUUCCCAGUUUGGCUACGGCUUUGCAAGCUGCUUUCUCAUCCGGGAGUCUGGGCCUCUGCUUAGCUGGGUCUCACUACUUGUGCCGGUUUCAGGACAGACUGGUGUGGAUCCUCGUGCUAGAGAGAGGCUUUGCUUACUGCUGUGUUAAUAUCAAGGGGCUGGAACUGGAGGAGACCUCUUGUCAUAGCGCUGAAGUCCGUCGUGUUGACGAAAUGUUUGAAGCGGCUUUUGAAUACCAGGACCGCCCUCGGAGGCCUUCCCUCAACCAUCACUUUGGGAAUGUCUUGACACCGUGCACAGUUCUGCCUGUGAAACUCUAUUCAGAUGCCAGGAAUGUCUUGUCUGGAAUCAUCGAUCUGCUGGAGAACCGGCGGCAGAUGAAAGACGACUUUGUCAAAGUCCUCUUAUGGAUGCUGGUCCACCACUGCUAUAAGAAGUUAAGAAGGCCGCAGACAUCUGGUGAAGCCCCCAAGCGAGAGUCUCCCCCAUUUACACCACCUGAGGUUUUCAGCAAGACCAGAGAAAGGACAAGCGUCCGCUUGUCCAGGUCUGACAGUCUCAGUAUGGAGUCAAUGGACGACUGGUCGGACGACGGCCACCUUUUUGAUCUCGAACCGGGCAGGAGAACCUCAGAAGCCAAAGCAGCGGCCGCCCCCUCCCAAGGUGUAACCCGGACUGAUCAGCAGUCUCUGCCAGGAUCAGUAGAAAUAGAAGGCGAGCCAGCAGGAGACAGUGCUGUGGGUAGAUUUUACAAAUCGGCGCUUCCUGCCUCGCCUGCUUUAGGCACUGGAAAGCAGCAGUGGCCGAGGCCGCCCCCUGGGCCAACCCCUGUCGCGUUCAGUAGCCGCUCUUCUGAGCUGUUGGCCGUUCCUGCACAAUGGAGAACGGCGCCUUUCCCAGAAGCCAAGCUGAAGGAAAUGAGGCAAACGUUCCCAGAGGACUGGUUCCGCUUCGUCCUUCGACAGCUGCGUUCCUCUCGCUCGAAAGACGACCGUCUCAGUUCGCUCGGCGACCUCACGGAAGAUGAUCCCGCUCUCCGUGAAGCGUACCUCCAGGCGGUCUUGCCCUGCUGGAUCGCUACGUUUGGGGCGGAUCACGGCCUUCCGUCUCCCGGCCAGAUAGCGAGAAUGUACAAUGGAGACGUCCCCUGGUCGGCCUGCACGCAUUGGCUGGCGGGGAAGCAGGAGCUGCUUCAGCUGGCGUUGAAAGCGUUCAGAUACACGGUGAAGCUGAUGGUGGAUAAAGCAAGCCUGGGUCCCUUUGAAAACUUCAAGGAGCUGCUGAGCUGUCUGGAAGGAUAUGAAAAUGACUGGUUUAUCGGGGUGGCAUCUGAAAAGGAGUGGCAGCAGGCAGUUUUGCAAGAAAGGCCAUUUCUGUUUUCCUUAGGGUUUGAUUCUGAUAAGGGCGUUUGCACCAGCCGCAUGCUCACCCUUCAGGAAUUCCCUGUGCCGGUUGGGAAGCUUGCUGGUGAAGCGGUCCGAGGCCAGUGGGCCAACCUGUCCUGGGAGAUGCUCUAUGCCACCAACGAUGACGAGGAACGCUUCAGCAUGCAGGCGCAUCUCUUCCUCCUGAGGAACCUCACCAUACAAGCUGCGGACCCUCCGCACGGCUCCCCUGUCUAUUCCUCUGAACCUCUCGACGUGCCUUUGCUCUAG